CAGAUGCCUCUAGAGCUGGGAUGGGAGCAGCCUGAGGGUUGGAGAAAGAAGAGGAGGAGGGGGUAGCAUCAUCCCACUCAGAGUGCUAGCAGUGGCAGACUGUACAGAGAGCUAUGAGCAGUGGGGAGAGGUAGUACACAGAGAGAGGUGACCUCCUGGAUAAUGGGGUGGCCGGGGUCCUGCUUGGAUGCUACAAUGAUUUUGGAAACUGUGCGUCCCAUCUGCUGGUUGCUGGCAAGCAUCUUCCUCGUCAUUAUCCCCGGCACAGUGACCUCGUGCCCCGAGUACUGCAGGUGUUACGGGACCCUGAUCCAGUGCCUGGAACCCAACACCAUCACCAACAUCUCUCUGUUUCGAGACGUGGAGAACAUCACCGAAGCCGUUAUCGAGAACCAGAAGGACUUGUUGAACCUAACUCGGGUGGACAUGAAGAACUUCAGAGAGCUGAAGAAUCUGACUAUCUCUAACACCGGGUUGAAGUACAUCUCUGAAGACGCUUUCCAAAUGAACCCUCGCAUGACUCACAUAAACCUGUCUUCUAACUCCCUGAUCUCCCUGUCAUGGAGGACGUUUUACAGCCUUCCUCUCCAGGAGUUAGUCCUGACGGAAAACCCCUUCCAGUGUUCCUGCGAAGUGCGCUGGUUACAGAUUCGUAGGGACGAGGGGUGGGCUGACCUUGGAAACCAGUCUCUCAGCUGCUGGAUAGACGGUGCAGAGAUUUUCCUAGAGGAUGCCAACAUCUCUCAGUGUGAACGACCAGAGGUCUACAUUGCAGAUCAAAACCUCACCGUUCUUCAAGGGGAUAAUCUAACCCUUCAGUGCAAUGUGGCCGGUCAGCCCAGACCAACGGCCACCUGGAUCUUACCAGAUGUGAGUCCUCAAUAUGAAGUGGAGCAGUCUGAUGGGCCAUAUACAGAGAUAUUCCUGCAUCUCUUCAACAUCUCCAAAGAGUUCAACAAGCGUGAUGUGACCUGCUGGGCGGAGAACAUGGCUGGCCCAACUAAGAAGGCAGUACAGAUAGACGUCCAUUUUCCAGCGGUGGUCAAGGAGUUGGGAGAAGUGGUUCGCCAGUAUCACUCCUGUAUCCCAUACACGAUAGAUGGGAACCCAGCUCCGGAUCUCAGCUGGCAGUUCAAUGGAGAGACCAUGGUUAUGAACACGUACACGUUCACCAAGCCGCUGGAGUACAGGGAAAAUGGGACGCUCAUCCACGGCUGCCUGUACUUCAACAACCCUACGCACGUCAAUAACGGGAACUACACUCUGCUGGUGAGGAACUGGCUGGGUGAGGACAGUAAAAGCAGAUACAGCACCUUCAUGGAUAAUCCCUUCAACUUCAACCCAGAGGAGCCCAUCCCAGUGUCCUUGUCCCCUGAGGGUGGAGGCAACAGCACGUUCCUGAACCCAGUAGAGACCGUAGAGGACAACACAUUUGGGGUGUCGGUCGCUGUGGGACUCGCCGUCUUCGCCUGCUUAUUCCUACUCGUCAUGCUGAUCGUUCUUAAUAAAUGCGGGAGACAUUCUAAGUUUGGAAUCAACCGAGCCGCUGUGUUGGCACAAGAAGACGACCUGGCGAUGUCUCUCCACUUCAUGAACUUUGGGUCCAGCCCUUUCACCUCCGCUGAAGGAAAGCUGGAUGGGAUGAAGCCCAAUUUCAUUGAGAACCCUCAAUACUUCUGUGAUGCCUGUGUCCAACACAUCAAGAGAAGAGACAUUAUGCCAAAGUGGGAGCUGGGAGAGGGAGCUUUCGGGAAGGUGUAUCUGGCCGAAUGCUACAACCUGACUCAGGACCAUGAGAAGACUCUAGUAGCUGUAAAGGCUCUAAAAGAAGCUACAGAGAGCGCCCGUCAGGACUUCCAACGUGAAGCCGAGCUCCUCACUGUCCUUCAGCAUGAACACAUUGUGAAGUUCUAUGGAGUGUGCACUGACGGUGAGCCGCUCAUCAUGGUGUUUGAGUAUAUGAAGCAUGGAGACCUCAACCGCUUCCUCAGAUCUCAUGGACCAGAUGCCAAGAUUCUGGACAACGGCAACGGGCAACCGUAUGGACAGCUCAACCUGACCCAGAUGUUGCAGAUUGCCUCUCAGAUCGCUUCCGGUAUGGUUUACUUGGCAUCACUCCAUUUUGUCCACCGGGAUCUUGCUACAAGGAACUGUCUCGUGGGCAUCAACCUAAUCGUCAAAAUUGGUGACUUUGGGAUGUCAAGAGAUAUCUACAGCACCGACUAUUACCGGGUUGGAGGGCGGACUAUGCUGCCCAUUCGCUGGAUGCCCCCUGAAAGCAUCUUGUAUCGUAAGUUCACCACGGAAAGCGAUAUAUGGAGCUUUGGUGUGGUGCUGUGGGAGAUCUUCACCUAUGGAAAGCAGCCAUGGUAUCAACUUUCCAAUACAGAGGCAAUUGAAUGCAUCACCCAAGGACGAGAACUGGAAAGACCUAGGACCUGCCCUACUGAGGUAUAUAGUAUUAUGCAAGGCUGUUGGCAAAGAGAGCCCCAGCAGAGGCUGAACAUUAAAGAGAUACACGGCAAACUUCAAGCCCUUGUCAAGGCCCCACCAGUAUACUUAGACAUCUUACAGUAGAGUGAUGAGGGAGUAAGGAUAUCUUAUAAAAAAAAAAGGACCAAACCGGUCGAGGUAAAAGCUUGAACACCCACUGCAAGCAAUCCAUCAGCUAUAUUCCCAAAGCAGCUUUGCUAGUAUUUACAGACCAUGAACUGUGUCCUCUUACUGAUGUCUAUGAACUAUUUCCUUCUACUAAUGUCCAUGAAGGAUGUCCUUCUGCCACUGCCUAUGAAGGAUGACCUUCUACCAGUGUCCAUGAAGGAUGUCUUUCUACCGAUGUCCACGAAGGAUGACCAUUUAUCAAUGUAAACAAAGGAUGUUCUUCUACCAAUGUCCAUGAAGGAUGUCCUCCUACUGAUAUCCAUGAAGGAGGACCUUCUUUCAGUGUCCAUGAAGGAUGUCAUUCUACUGAUGUCUAUGAACUAUGUCCCCCUACUGAUGUCCAUGAAGGAUGUCCUCCUACCGAUGUCCAUAAAGGAUGUUCUCCUACUGAUGUAAAUGAAGGAUGUCCUCCUAUUGAUGUCCAUUGAAGGAUGUCCUUCUACUGAUGAGUAAUCCAAAGACUCUCUUGGACAGAAUGUCUCUGUUACCUUUUCUGAAUAUUCACACCACGGGAUUUGAGAAUCUUCACAGUUAAGAAAGAUCCUAGGAGAGGCAGAUGAUCAUGUCCUAAUUUUCCAGUUAGAUCUACACCUUUAAGACUGAAUGAGGACCUGGCAAGGUCCAGAACCUGUUCCAGAAUACACAGCUGGUUGCAAAGACGGAGACAGAACACUGUCACCCGAAAGCAAAUGCUGCUAACAUAGACUUGUAACCCGAUCACACAAAUGCAAAGACACAUAACGUGCUUACCGGUACAGCCAUCGUCAUACCACCACCUAUCUCAUUGAUAAUGGAAUGAGGAGUCUUGGAAAAUGAAUGGUUUCACUCGAAAAACUGUAGGACUUUUCAAUCUAAUGACUGUGAUAUUCAUUUGUCUGUCUGAAAUACACACUCUAAGGAUAUAGCCACACCCCUGCAUUAAUAAGGUGAUAUAUUGCUAAACCAUCGUCUGCAAGGCAUAUACAGUACUUAUCUAAAACUUAGAGGACAACAAGCAAAAAUUGGAAUUUCUAAGCCAAUGAGUUGAAGGCUGUCUCCCAAGCCUACAGCGUUUCGCAAAGCAUGUUAUUGAACAAAAACGCCUGAUCGCCUAUAAAGCAGUGUGGAUCAACCAAUGUCUCUGAACUGAGGGUGUUAUAUGUCGCCUGUGUCUUUUGAAGUUGACUUGUAUAUUGCUUGUGUCUUAUGUGCCGGUACAAUGAACCAGUCCACAGAUGUAUUACUCUGUUAGCUCUCAGCCAAAGAUUGCAAGUUCAUGAAUCCAUUGUUUAUCAGUAUAAUAUAGAACUACAUGUUACACUGGAUAAUGUAUAAAGUAUAAUGAAUGCACAGUAUUUACACCUCACAAGUGAAACUCUAGGUACUUUAGCAAAGUGCUGUCUAGCUGUGCUCUUCAAAGAAGGUCUUCAAAUGGCCAACUGCAUCCUAUAUAAACUCAAUUUAUCAAGGGCAUUUAUAUUUAAUGAAGGUAUGGGAUAUAGUGAGCAGUAGAACCAUGAUAAUCACCAAGAAAUUGUAGUUUCCAGUGGGUGUUUAUAUUACACAUAAGAGGAGAUAUCACAAAUAUUCUAAACAGGUCAAGUUGAGAAGUUUCCCAGAACAGCCAAUCAGAUUCUGGUUAUCAUUUCUGAAGUACAUCCUAUAAAAUGAUAGCCAGAAGCUGGUUAGUUUCUGGGGGCAACACCUUUACUUGUCCUCUUGAGAAGGUUUUUCACUUCUUCCCCAUAAAGUCAGAACCGAAGUUCGAGAUCUUACACAAUGGAGAUGUGGCAUGCCAAUGGAUAUUGGUCAUCAAAAGAAACAAAUCAGAAUAUUCAGCUACCACACUGCUAAUUUAAGAUUACUGUUCCUGGGAAUUCCAGUAUGACCCCCACCCCACAAUCCUAAUUGUAAAGAGGCUUUCCAUUUUAAUAAACACCAGCACUAAAUCUUUUCCCUGGAACCCAAACCAUCAGUACUGACAACUAGUUGGAACCUCCCACCUCAGCACUGCAUGUACCUCUUCAUAUCAGGAGAGAGAAGAUGCAGUUCUAUGGUGUUGUGUUUUAGGUCUCUGGCGCUAUGGAGAGAACAGAAGGUGAUUGGCGAAGGUCCUGGCUGUAUGUUGUUCUUGGACCCUGCUAAAUAGAGCAAGUGGAAUUUAGUGCUGGGGAAAGCCCCUUUAACCGUGGCUGCUAUGGGUCAGGUCGACCCAUCUGAUUGCCAGUUCUUGUGUACAAAAUGCAUAAUGAUGAGAAUAGUCUUAUUUUUUUGUACUGAAAGCAUGAGAAAGUGCAUAAGUAUAGGAGGUAGCAGGGUAAACAAAUGGGCAUACUUAUUAUGCAAUGCAUUUACAUACGGAAUACACAUCUUUUGUUCAUCAUUAUGGGACAUAUUGUUUCAUGACUGGUCGUAUGUAUGUCCAAUACGUUCCCCCCAAUAGUAAUCCCUGUUACCUGUGCAGUUGCACCCCUCUGUCCCAGUUCUAAACUGUGCUCGCUAACCAAACAAUGCAGACUCUCCAUAGAAAAACAAUAGAGCGCUAUAAGGUUGCCGGUAAUGGAGGUGGCUCUCAGCUUCUGGUAACAGCAGAGAUUCUCAGGAGGACCUCCCUGUUGGGGAAAGUUUAAAUUUCCAAGCGUUUCUCCAAAGGUGGUGAACUUGUUUAAUAACUUCAUACUGUAUAUCUCUUUUCUAAACUUUCCUUCAAUAAAUCACUGCCAAAUCAUAGAAGCAAACAGAAUAUUUAAGUACAGAAAGGUCUAAAGGUCAACUGAACAUAUACAUUAUAUUUAUCAUUAACCCUUUUAAAGAAUGGUUUCACAGCUCUUGAUAUGUGUUGCAUAUUUAAAAUAUAUCAUCCCUGUUUUCUGUAUCCCAAGCAUGUCAUUCAUAAACUGCUUCAUAUUAUGAGAAUAUACUUUAUAUAUAAAUUACAUUUGUGUUCAAAACUAUACAGAGUGACAUUAUUAUAUUUUAAUAGAUAACGCAUUUCAACAGACUAACGAGUUUCAAUAGACUAAUGCAUUUCAACAGGCUAACGCGUUUCAUAGACUAAUGCAUUUCAACAUGCUAACGCGUUUCAAUAGACUAAUGCAUUUCAACAGACUAACGCGUUUCAACAGACUAAUGCAUUUCAACAUGCUAACGCGUUUCAAUAGGCUAAAGCAUUUCAAGAAAUCAGGAUAGAUUCAAGGCUGUUGUAUAUGUAGAAAACGGGCAUGAAUUUAGAAUAAGAGUAUACACAUAUUCUGUGCCAAAGUAAUCCACAUUGUAAGAGGUACUUUCAACAGAGACGAUCUGGCAUCCCCACCGUUCCUCUUGCUGUGUUUAUACAUGUUCUGUACAUGCCCUUAUAUGAAAUUAUAUUUAAUCAGAGUGAACAUUAGACCUAGAUCCGACAUGAUCCUCCGAGUAGUUCCAUCUUUGUCUUCAUUGUUUGUAGAAUGAUCACAGUAUUAAUAUUAUUUAAAUUAGACUGUAAGCUUUUUGAGCAGGGAUCCUUUGGAAAAAAAAAUCUGGUAACGUCUAUAGCACUUAUCUUUGCAUUGAUGUAUUUGCAGUUUCUCCAGUAUUUAUCUUAUUUUAUAAAGCAAUU